UGUCCCGGGUUCGCGCCGCGCCCCCCGGAGAGCCGAACAAGGCCCCGCCCCAGCAACAGGCCCCGCCUCCCAAAGGCAGACGCUCGAUUUCUCGCGAGCUUUCUCCCAGCGCCUCAGUGAGAUCUCGCGAGAUCUUCUGUAAUCCUCCCACCACUUCCCCCACCCCUCGUGAGGUCUCGCGACAUUCCUGUGACGCUUCCUCUUUCCCGGCGGCCGUCGCCAAGAUGCCUUCCAGACUAAGGAAGACCAGGAAGCUGAGAGGACACGUUAGCCACGGCCAUGGUCGUAUUGGCAAACACAGAAAGCAUCCUGGUGGCCGUGGAAAUGCUGGGGGUAUGCACCACCACAGAAUUAACUUUGACAAAUAUCAUCCUGGUUAUUUUGGGAAAGUUGGUAUGAGACACUACCAUUUGAAGAAGAACCAGAACUUCUGUCCUACUGUCAACUUGGAUAAAUUGUGGACACUUGUUAGUGAGCAGACAAGACUCAACUAUGCAAAAAACCAGGCUGGAUUAGCACCUGUCAUUGAUGUUGUACGCUCGGGUUAUUACAAAGUCCUGGGCAAGGGGAAGCUGCCCAAACAGCCUGUAAUUGUGAAAGCAAAAUUCUUCAGCAGGAAAGCAGAGGAGAAGAUCAAAGAAGUUGGUGGAGCCUGUGUGCUUGUGGCAUAAGAGUUUUUGUAUUUAUUCAAGUUUUGAAUAAAGACACUAUAAAAUGA